UAAAAAAAUAAAAUAAAGGUGGAUAUUGUGGUGCUUGCCUCGCUUCUUUCCUCUCCACGGAUAAGAUUCAGGCCAGAGAGACAGAGUCCAAACUCUGUCAGACUCGAAGAAAGCCUAAAGCUUCAAGCUUAGCUUCAAUGGCGCUAGGGUUUUAGCAAAAUUACAGUUUCUAUUUUCUUUUUGAACUUCUGAAACUUUAUUUACAAAGUACAAUGAAUUCUCCAGCAUUUUCAAGCGGGAAUUACAUAUCAACAUCGGCUUGUAGCUUUUGCUGUGAUAUUCGUUUCCAGCCUUGUUUGGCUCCCUCUACUGGUUUUCAGCUUAAACGGUGUCGUCCAACCAGUUUGAAGUUCAGCCAUGUUCCUAGGAAGCGAGUGGUUCUUCGUCGAGUGACCGAGACGCAGACUGAAUCAGAUAGCGACAAUGAAAAGGAGGACGAAGAGCAUGUAGACGGACAAGUGCAGCCCCCCACUGAUUCCAUAGAGCAAAACAACACCCAUCUUGACUCUAAGCCGAUUGCUUCAGAACAGAUAAAUGUAAAUGAUGCGGAAACUAUUUUUCAGGUUGGCAUUCUGGAUGUUGAUAACAUAGAAGUAACUAGUGGAUCACCUCUGCCAGGUGUGAAGCCACAGCAACUGGAUGAAUCAAUCAGGAUUCCUAAGGAAACAAUUGAAAUACUUAAAAAUCAAGUAUUUGGUUUUGAUACUUUCUUCGUGACAAGCCAGGAGCCAUAUGAGGUUGGAGUGUUAUUUAAAGGAAACCUUCGCGGUGAGCCUGCGAAAAGUUAUGAAAAGUUAACAAAGAGAGUGGAGGAUAAAUUUGGGGAUCAGUUUAGGAUUUUCCUUUUAGUCAAUCCUGAGGAUGAUCGACCUGUUGUAGUUGUAGUUCCUAGAAAGACCUUGCAACCAGAGACAACAGCUGUUCCUGAGUGGUUUGCAGCUGGGGCUUUUGGACUUGUUACAGUGUUUACGUUACUUCUUCGAAAUGUUCCUGCAUUGCAAUCCAACUUAUUAUCAAUUUUUGACAAUCUUGACCUGUUGAAGAAUGGAGCACCUGGAGCCCUUGUAACAGCACUUAUUCUGGGAGUGCACGAACUUGGCCACAUUUUAGCGGCAAAAAGCUGCGGUGUUAAGCUUGGGGUGCCAUAUUUUGUGCCCAGUUGGCAGAUAGGCUCUUUUGGGACAAUUACAAGGAUUAUAAAUAUUGUACCCAAGCGUGAAGAUCUACUGAAAGUAGCAGCAGCUGGGCCUUUGGCUGGAUUUUCCUUGGGUCUUGUUCUUUUGCUUUUAGGAUUUGUCUUACCACCUAGUGAUGGUAUUGGUGUUGUUGUUGAUGCUUCUGUAUUUCACGAGUCCCUUCUUGCUGGGGGUAUCGCAAAGCUUCUACUUGGUGAUGUGCUCAAAGAAGGCACCCCAAUAUCUGUUAACCCUCUUGUAAUAUGGGCAUGGGCCGGACUACUCAUCAAUGCUAUCAACAGCAUCCCUGCAGGAGAGCUUGAUGGGGGAAGAAUUUCUUUUGCUAUUUGGGGAAGAAAGAAUUCAGUUCGCCUUACUGGGGCUUCAAUUGCACUACUGGGACUGUCUGCAAUCGUAAAUGAUGUGGCUUUCUAUUGGGUUGUUCUGAUAUUCUUUUUACAGAGGGGACCAAUUGCUCCGCUCUCUGAGGAAAUAACCGAUCCUGAUAGAAAGUAUGUUGCUCUUGGGAUUUUAGUUUUGGUGUUAGGAUUACUAGUGUGUUUACCAUACCCCUUUCCCUUCAUGGAAGAUGCUGUCAUAAGUUUCUAAGAGCACAACACAAACCUUGUAGAUUUCAGGACACUUUGAUAGAAUUAGUGUCCAUUUUGGAUUAAGGAUGGUUCAAGAGGAAAUGGCUUGAAUAGAAGUUCAUAUGUACAUCAUAAAUAUACACAGCAUAGAUAAUUCAGAUGAAUAAAAUGUGCUUAUUUUGUCAA